UGUCAUAUCUGACCAGUCAUUCAAUCGCAACCUCUCUCUCGUUACCUUGCUUGUACGACGGAAUAUAUGCGUCGGACACUGGUAUCCAAGCCACCGAUACCCACAAACCGGGUCUGAGAAACAAAAAGGAACAAACUAACGCAGUUCAACCUGUUGAUUGAUAUCUAGGGGGCCCCUGGCAAGCUUGCUUUUAAAAAUUAGUCUGACUUUUCUAACCUUAUUACGAUUUCCACCUAACAUUGUUCAAUUUGGACUAAGAAAAAAAAGGGGGAAAGUUAUAGACCUGAGAUGUCAUGGAGAGCCCUUCGGCACCGCUCGCGGACUACUUCUGGAUUGCGGGUGUCGCAUCCGUGUCCUACCAUGAUCUCCCACCUCCAGCUUCUGCCACUCAAGUAGAAGCCACCAUUACCGAGGAUCGCGAGCCCGACGAGGACCUGCCCGACCCGGCGGCUUCUCCCGCCAACAAGACUAAUGCCCGACACUCCCGCCAAAACUCUAACAACAGACUCUCCAAGAUAUCUACUAGUUCGAUCCACACCCUCGAGGAGGUAGAUGGGAAUACGAGGAGUAAUAGAAGCAGUGCUACCAUCAGGCCCAUCCCUCUUCCUGCGGCUGCCGGCGGCCAUGAAAACCUUCUUGGCGAUUUCGACUUCGACAAGGCCCUCGUUAAGUUCGCAGCCGAAAGGGAAAACUUCUUGGAGGAUCUAAGCUUCUCGGCCGGUGCCAAAACGCAGUCGCGGCCGCCGAUGGUGAACCCGCGGGCAGAGAGGAUAAAAGCUGAUGAGUCGAGUGGAAGGAUGAGUCCUAUGAAAAGCAUCAGGGGAAGCAUCCGUGGUAGCAUAAGACGGAAAAUCAGCUUCAAAGACAUGAACAGCGUGCGAAAGCAGCCAUCAACUCCGAGACCUGGUAUGGCCCCUUUUCGCAACCUAGACCGAAGGACUUUCUUAAAUGAGCUGGCAGAAGGACUGCCUGCGGAAAUUUUCGAUCAUAACUGCAACAAAAAUUCGACGUUCUGUACUGACUUCUGCAAAUUAGCUUCAAUUCGGACUACAAGGAGAAUGAGUAGCUAUAACUCCGUCAUCCCUCCACCCGAGCCCCUUAACCUCGACCCGGAUAUGCACCCUCUGAAGCGACGCUUUGAACCCGAGCUCCUAGACCGGUACCCUCCCCGAGAUGAUAUGGAAGGUUUAAGUAAGAGGGGGAGAUUUCCAGACUAUGUGCCUAUGUUCGCAUUCCCCAAUGAUAUUCAUAUCGUGUCGUCGGAUGACAGGCCGAGGUCGACUUGGCAUGGGUUCACGAUGACAUCGGAUGACAACUCUAAGAUCUACGGUGUAACCGUUAUUGUAUGGACGGCACUCACGAUGGACGUGGCGGAGGAUAUCGAGAGACGUUGCGAGCGUUGGAGGCAAAGACAUAUGUCUGAGGAGGAGAGGGAGCUUGCAGGUAGCCUUGGGGCACGUCUCGCUGCAGAACGUGCGCAUCUAUCGCAAUUACUUGCCAAGCUCCCGACCAUACCGUCUGGGUCCCACGCUCGUGAGACACUUGAUGAUCAGAUCAGUGCGGUAGAGGAGAAAAUCAGUCUGAUGACAGAAAUGUUGCGACCCCUGAGACAUGGUGCCGCGUCGAAGAUAGAUGGGUUGACAGCUGGUGAGAGUGGUCUCUGGACACCUCGAGCGUACGGCAUUCUUGGCAGAGAUGUUACGAGAGUGGGCUUCUGGAAGGAUUGGCUCCGGGCUGUCAUUGUGCCAAUGUCGGAUGGUGGGCUUCUACGCAUACCUCCAAGCUCUCCGCGAGUUGGCCGCUGGCAACCACUGGAACGAUACGUGGUUAACCUUUGCACGGAAGCGUUCAGCCCUCUUGGCUCCAAGACCCAAGUUGAGAUCGGUGUACGCGAGCUGCGCUUGUACGCGCGGAAGGAGGCCAUCAAUGAGCUUCCGGGCUCUCGCAACACUGAUCUUUAUGCCUUAUUCAGGUCUCUCUCCCUUGAGAAUAUUGUCGCCCUUUUCGAGUAUGCCAUGUCGGAAUCGCGGAUUAUCCUGCUCUCUUCGCAUACCGCGAUGCUACACCUAGCCUCCCAUGCUCUGGUUAGCUUAUUAUAUCCGUUGACCUGGGCGAGUAUUUUCAUACCUAUCCUACCGGCACGACUCAUAUCUGCUCUUGACGCACCUUGCCCUUAUAUCGUCGGUAUUGAGCGAAGAUAUGACAAUAUUGUGCUUCCAGAUGACGAUUACGUCCUGGUUGAUCUCGACAAGGACACAAUUGAUGCAACGGCAUUGCCAAUCCGCCUCCCAAAGCAACAUCGUCGGAAGCUUCUUUCACUCUUGCAAUUUGCGGCGCCGCAUAGCUUGCGUUACGGCGUCAUGACGGGGCCGCCUCCCUAUGCAAUUGAGUCCUUCCCCUAUGACUCUUUCUCCGUCGAGAAUAGUGCUCUUGUCAACGAGAAAGCCUCACCAAGUAUGCUGUACAAAUGGGUCGCACAGAACUCGUCUUCCUUUGGGGAGGCAGAGCCCGCAGAUACCCUUAAGCCUCCUGUGUUUAAUGCGUUUUUGCAUGCAAAGCCUGGGGCGGACCGGCCUACCACCAGCAAAUCAAACAAGACCAGCCCUCCAUCAUCAGUGUCGCCCGUCUCUGUGAAUUUCCCGCCUAUGCCUGCUACGCCGGUUUCCAGAAGCGACUCUGGAUACGCACUAUCGUCCACGCUGAGAGAAAAGAGAUCAGGUCAUUUCGAGAAGGAAGGCCGGCGCAGUUCGUCAUUUGGCCAUGCCCCUGUCCACCGACCUCACGCGCCAUUCUUCAACGGCCAUCAGUCAAACCUAUCCAUCUCAGCCAUUUCGAUCGAUUCGCAGUCAUCUUAUGGUGGUUACGCCCCAUCAACUUACGCCCAGUCAACCUUAGCAGCAUCUACGGUGAUGCCUAACAUGCUCGUUCAGCCCGUGGAGAACACUGACUCUACUAUGUGGGUCGAAGGGCAUUGCUUCAACUAUAGUGGUAACGAUACAACCUCAACCUGUACGAUUUGCGAUGAGCGUUGUGAAGGUGACGGAUGGUACAAGUGCUCUGGUUGUGGAGCAAUUUCGCACGGACGAUGUCUUGGAUGUGUUUGUCUCGUGUGUCCAGUUGCUUUCAAUGCCGAUAAGGUCCGGGCUUCUUUCGUUCGUUGCCUUGCGAGUAUUCUUUAUACGUACCGCAAAUAUCUCGGUCGGCCAACAAAGGAGCAAAAGAACAACGGCCAACUCUAUGGAUUCGACAUGAAUGGUUUCAUCAAGAGCUUGCCACACGAUCAGCAAGAGUAUGUAAUGAUGAUGAAGGAGACGCAAGCAUUUAACGAAUUCAUCCAUGAGCGUGAGACGAAGCCUCCUACCAAUCCGGAGAUUCGGCUUUUCGAUGACAUAAUUCUCGCCAAAAAAGCUCGCGGCAAAACCAGUCUGUCUUCGGGAUUGUCACGCCUCUCGACAAUAAGAGCCUCACAUGGCGUCUCGGCAUCCCUACCCGGUCUACAGAUACCAUCCAGACACAUGAAACCAACCUCUUUUCUAACUGACACAUCUGAUCACAUAUGGAGAACUGCCAGCGUUCCCGUACCGAGCUCGAAGUUUCAGGGCGAUUAUCAUUCAGUGACAACGAGAAUGCCGGCUCGGUUAGACCCUUCGCUAAUGAAGGAACCUCGUGCUAUUCAAGGCGUACCGCAUCCUGAACAACGCAGAAGAGGCGUCAUGAGGAAGCAGGUCCCCAGCAUGCUGAUCCCCAACUCUCCCUAAAUAUUUCCAUCGCUCGAGUUGGCUGUGCCGACUACGUGCCCACAACCACAAGUUGAAUCCAGCAACUUGAUAGAAUGUAAUAUUAACCUGGUCUAGGGUUUUUAGCCCAGCCCAGUCAUGUACCAUAGCUCUGCGAGGGGACACAGGGGGUGAGCGAAAGGUCCCCAGAGUCAUAUUCAUCCGAGAAA